CUUUAAUUUGCCUAAUAUUAUUAAACCGUGGUUGAAACUUGUAGAUGUAAAUUAUAAUUAUUACGUACUCAGUUACGUACGUAUUAUUUUGGCAUUUUGAAUUUAGAGUUUUGUUUUUGGCGCCCUUCGAGAAUCGAGGCAUACCUUACACGUUUACAAAUUCACUUGCGGCUUUUUUUUUAAUUACAUGUAUGUAUUUUCCCAACUUAAAAUGUAAGUAAUUAAUAUUUAUAAAUUAUUUCGAUUACCUACCAAUUUUACAAAAUGGUGUAAAACAAUAAACCUUAACAAUGAUUGUCGAAAUGUUGUUAUACACACAUAGUGUCAGCUAGUAUAUUCAAUUAUUUACGUUCAGAAAAACAGAAACGAAAUUAUGCAGUAUUUGCAAAAACGUAUGUAAUAGUUGCUUAUAUUAAUUAUUAUUUAUAUUUAAAAUACUAUUUUUUGAUAAAUAUGUUCAAGCAAACGGACUUUCGAAAUGCUAAAGAUACUUUGCAAGUUUGGAACAAAAACUGUUUUUGACAUGAGUUGACAAUUGACAGUUAUUGACAUUGACAAUUUGGAGUUUUCGAAGAAAGAUUUGCGGCUUUUCAUUUGUGUAUUUUUGUGUAAACUAAACAAAACGAGUUAACAUAAAUGACAGUAUUGUGGAAGUAAAUUUAUAACAAUGAAUGCGACGAGUUUAUACGUUUCUACAUGUAGGCUUAUUAUAUUAGCAGACCCCGCAGAUAAAUCCUCAUGGAUAGAUUUAUUUCGUUUAGUUCCGUAUUUACGGCAAUCUCUAUCGUGUACUGUGUGUGGUAACUUGCUCAAGGAGCCGUACACGCCGACCAGUUCUGGCUGCCAGCAUCAUGUGUGUAAAAAGUGCAAAGGAGGACGUAAGAAAUUAAAACCUUCAUGUAGUUGGUGUAAAGACUAUGAAAACUAUGCAGAAAAUUUACAAUUAAGGAUACUGCUUCAGUGUUAUAAAAAGUUGUGUGAAUAUUUUAUGGGUACGGACGUUUAUAAAAUUUUAUUAGAUGAAGAUGAGAUAUCUGCAGGUAUAAAUGGAGGUACGGUUGCUAGCUCUGGGUUAAUAGACUUGAUACAGGAAGGAGCAGGGUUUACAGAUGACUACAAAAGUACUGCGGGUUUAUCAAAGUCUGCGUACAGUAUAUUACCAUGUGUAUACACAAAUUCAGCAUCAACACAAACUCAGGCAGCGUCAUCAUCAAAUCAUUCAGAAGCGAGAACAUCCAAAGAGUCACCAAACUCUAGGUCAACCUCUAACGGUUCUCCCCUAUACUCUGUGAUGUAUGCGGGAUCUGGCAACAAAAUCACAAUUAAAAGGAAAGCUGUUGAUGAUAUAGAUUCACCACAAAGUGAGACAACUACUAGAGAAAGUAAGAGUCAAUUAGGUUUUAAAAAGCCCUCCAAUAGACAACGUAAUUCAGCCAGUAGUAAACGAAAAGGAUGUAGAUGUGGCAAUGCAACAGCUACUCCGGGGAAGUUAACAUGUUGUGGGCAGAGAUGUCCUUGUUAUGUGGACAGUAAACCAUGUACCGAAUGUAAAUGUAAAGGUUGCAGAAACCCACAUAGACCAGAUGGAAUGAAGGUGCGGCCACAUAUACCACAGCUUGAGACAGUGCAAUUGACAUUGAAUUCAAAUCCAGAUAGUUCCCCGUCAUGUUCAGGGUCUAUGGAUAGUUUGGACACAGAUACACUCACUAUGGAAGCUAUGGAGGAGUCACUCAACUAUAGUGCUGAUCUCAAGCCAUCUAAUAUUAAAGUUUACGCCAGUCAGUUGCAAGAAGUGUCAGCAUGUUUGCCGGCGGCGAUAAUGAUGGACGAGGAGGGCUCGGCGGAGGAGUCGUCUGAGUCGUCGCCUCGGUCGGGCGGCACGGCCGGCACGGCGGGCACGGCCGGCACGCACGAACACGACAGUGACGUCGACGUCGACGUAUGACGUCCGCUGUGCCAACCCGCACACUAGGGGUCGCGGCGCGUGUGCGUCACCGCCGUGGCACACACGCCGCCGCUACUGUCACUUGUGUUACUCGUGUUGCUAGUAUUGCUAGUCUUGUGCAUGUGGAAGUGGUAUAGACAUAAGCUACGCCUGACCAAUGUGCAUAUGUUUGAAGUGUGAUGCGGUGCAUAUCAUUGCGUUUUGUGAGUAGUGACGUUCGUAAGCAAAUAAAAGUAUUUAUAUUAAUAACAUAAUAUAUCGCUCGUAACCAACUUGUUAAAGCUGAAAUUGUUCUUAUACAUAGAUUAGGCUUAUUCCAAGUUGUUGGAUACAAAAUAUAUAUUUUUUGUACUAUGUCACUAUUCAUAGAAAGCAGUUAUAUUGGUAAGAAUUUUAGAAAAGGUACCAACAACUCCUUGACAAAAUCAAUUGAUUGUACUGAUUAAAGAUACUUGAUUGAAAACUUUCCAUGUAGAUAAUAAUAUGUUAGUUAAUAAUUGUUAACUCUACUGUGAAUAUUUCUUUAAUCAUGUUCUGAGUGAAUGUCCCUAGAAAUGAGUUGAAAAUACAAGAUACUUCCUUGUGAUGCGGAUCUCGGCACGGAAUUGUAAAUAUUGUGAUAUAUUUGGUUCUAUAUUUAUGCAAUACUACUGAAUAUGCAUCAUUUUAUUGAUAGGAGCGGAUAUUUUUUUAAACCUAAUUGUAUCAUAAAUUAUUUAAAUUUGUAUAUCAACUUCCAUAAUUCAAUUAAUAUAAUUUGCUUACAUCAUUUUUAUUUCACAUGGUAGUACAAUAAUAUUUUAAUUUUUGAUAAUAUGUUUAAUCACAUAUUGUACACGAAUUAUUAUGAUACAUACCCAUUGCUCAGACAAACAUAAUUUUGUGCCAAACAGAACAAGAAUAUAUUUUAAAAAAU